AUGGCAUGGGGAGACUAUUGUUUAUGCAUACAGAUCAGCGAGGUGAUUCGGCUACCGAAAAGUGUUUCUAUUCCAGUGACACUGAAGGUUCUGGAGUUUGAACUUUUCCAUUUCUAUCCAAUCCCAAAAAUUAUGUGCGGUAUAUCAUUUGCAGCUGUAGGCCUAAUGGAUAUGUUCAACACUGGAGGAGCUUUGGAUGAGGUCGAAAUUCAUAGAGAGACUGACAAAAAACAAGAACUAUUUGACAGAGAGGUUGUAUCAUCAGAACUGAUAAUUUCUCUAGGUCCUAACUGA